AUGGUUCAUCAAACUGAUCUUGUUAUCAUUGGCGUCUCUGUUGGUGUAGCCCUUGGAAUUUUGAUAGCUUCACUCAUAUUUUUUGGCAUAAGGUGGUAUAGAAAGCGUGCUCAUCUUCGGCAAUGUGCUAAUGAGCGUAGUUUUACAACUCUUCCGAUACAGGCAAAUGGCUUAGGUACAAGCACUGACUAUAGCGCAUCUCUUUCAACUUCCGAAGCUAUUCAGGGAUCCGAGAACCUUCAAAAAAAUUCUCCGCUCUCUUGGUGGAAUCAUCAAAACAAAGAUCGAUUUGUUUCUGCGCCAGGCAUACUUAGAUACUCUCACAAAGAUAUACAGAAAGCUACUCAAAAUUUUACUACCCUUCUGGGACAAGGUUCUUUUGGUCCGGUGUAUAAAGCAAAAAUGGCUGCUGGAGAGGUAGUAGCUGUGAAGGUGCUUGCUUCCAAUUCUAAGCAGGGAGAGAAAGAGUUCCAAACAGAGGUAUCUCUGCUAGGAAGACUGCAUCAUCGCAAUCUAGUGAAUCUACUAGGAUAUUGUGUAGAUAAGGGGCAGCAUAUGUUAAUCUACGAGUUCAUGAGUAAUGGCAGCUUAUCAAAUCUUCUGUACAGUGAAGAACAACAGGUCUUGAGCUGGGAUGAAAGGCUACAAAUUGCUCUGGAUAUUUCACAUGGAAUUGAGUACCUUCAUGAAGGGGCAGUCCCACCAGUCAUACAUCGUGAUUUAAAGUCUGCUAAUAUACUUUUAGACCAGUCAAUGAGAGCUAAGGUUGCUGAUUUUGGAUUGUCUAAGGAAGAGGUUUUUGAUGGCCGGAAUUCUGGCCUGAAAGGUACUUAUGGCUACAUAGACCCAGUAUACAUAUCUACAAACCAGUUCACAAUGAAGAGCGACAUCUACAGUUUUGGAAUUAUCAUAUUUGAGCUAAUAACAGCCAUCCACCCUCACCAAAACCUAAUGGAAUAUAUUAAUCUUGCUGCUAUGGCCCCAGAUGGUGUAGAUGAAAUACUUGAUAAGCAACUAGUUGGAGAGUGCAAACUUGACGAAGUGAGGAGGCUAGCUAGAAUCGGACACAAAUGCUUAGAGCAAUUACCAAGAAAGAGACCUUCCAUAGGAGAAGUUUCGCAGGGUAUAUUGAAGAUAAAACAGAGGCGUCUUGCCAAAGAAGAUACCAUGUCUUUCGCAGGCGAAGAGUUUUCGAGGGCUGUAAGCCGAAUAGAGAUUCAGCAGGUGGAGCUGAGUAGGAUAGCUAGCAUGAAAGAUAGAGCGACUGAAUGA